UGUACACACUGUAGACACACAUACACAAACCAUCUAUAUAUAACUUAGCACAAUGACCCUCAGCGUCCCGAAAACCGUUAAUAAGAUCUGCUGCAUCGGCGCUGGCUAUGUCGGUGGUCCAACUAUGGCAGUUAUUGCCCUGAAGGCGCCCCACGUGCAAGUCACUGUUGUAGAUCUCAAUCAGUCUCGUAUUGAUGCCUGGAACAGCGAUACGCUGCCUAUCUACGAGCCUGGACUAUUCGAGGUGGUCAAAGAGCGCCGGGGAAAGAAUCUAUUUUUCACUACUGAAAUCGACACAGCCAUCCUAGAAGCAGAUCUGAUAUUUGUCUCUGUAAACACCCCUACAAAGACAUUUGGAAUGGGUAAGGGAUCCGCUGCUGAUCUGAAGUAUCUAGAGUCGGCCGCACGUCGCAUUGCAGCCGUUUCUAAGAGCUCAAAGAUUGUCGUUGAGAAGUCUACAGUACCCGUUAAGUCCGGCGAAGCCAUCCGCACUAUCUUGCAGGCCAACACAACCCCUGGAGUCGCGUAUACGAUCCUGUCGAACCCUGAGUUUUUGGCAGAAGGAACCGCCAUCCCCGACCUAAUGAACCCCGAUCGUGUUCUGAUUGGUGGAGACGAAGACGAGAACGGUCAGAUUGGUGUCCAGGCCCUUUGUGAUGUAUACGCCAACUGGGUGGAUCGCAGCAACAUCAUCACCACAAACACUUGGUCGUCUGAGUUAUCCAAAUUGACUGCCAAUGCUUUCUUGGCGCAACGUAUCUCGUCGAUCAACUCUAUCUCGGCGCUGUGUGAGGCCACCGGUGCGGAUGUGGACGAAGUUGCCCACGCCAUCGGCAGGGAUCAGCGUAUCGGAUCCAAGUUCUUAAAAGCCAGUGUGGGUUUCGGAGGGUCCUGUUUCCAGAAGGAUAUCCUGAAUCUGGUGUACCUGUGCAAAACAUACAACUUGCACGAGGUUGCCGCCUACUGGCAACAGGUGGUAGACCUUAAUGACUAUCAGAAGAGGCGCUUCUCGCUGUCGAUUGUGCGCAGUCUAUUCAACACCGUCACCGGCAAAAAGAUUUGUGUGUUCGGAUUUGCCUUCAAGAAGGAUACCGGAGAUACCCGUGAAUCCGCGUCUAUUGAUGUUAUCCAAUAUCUUAUGGACGAGGGUGCGGCCGUUAGCAUCUACGAUCCACAAGUACCCGAUUCACAAAUUGACCAUGAUCUGCUUCCCGUUGGUGUGAGCCCUGAGGCUAGUGACAGAGCGAAGAGUUUAUAUACCAUCACCCACGACCCUUAUGAAGCUGCAAAAGAUGCACACGCCAUUGUUGUCUGCACUGAGUGGGACGAGUUCAAGACCUACGACUACCAGAAAAUCUACGACAGCAUGUACAAGCCUGCCUUCCUAUUUGAUGGCCGCAAAAUUCUUGACGUCGAAGAAAUGGGAAAGAUUGGAUAUAACGUUUCCGUUAUCGGCCGAAAGUUGCAUUAAAUGCUUUUUUUUUAACCUGUUCGGAGACCAGAUCAGAUCGUAUAAUAGAAGUAUUUCUAUAAAAUUAAUGAUUAAUUAAAUAAAGCUAGACGUAUUUUCUAACACUC